AAAAAAUUGAAUGAUAAAUAUAUUAUUUAAACAACUUAUUGCUAAAACUUCAUAUAAGUUACAACAUAAGGCAUUAUUAACAGCAUUACAAUUGUUUAAUACAAAAUUAUCGAUGGAUUUGUCGACAAAUUCUACAGCAAAACGUUUUUGUCAGGAAUUGGAUGUCAAAGGGAACGGUAUUAAAAUAGGAACUCAUGAUGGAGUCUUCCAUUGCGAUGAAAUACUCGCCUGUUUUCUACUAAAACAAUUGCCUCAAUACUCGACGGCACAGAUCAUUAGGACCAGAGAUGAUAAACUACUCGAUGAAUGUGAUGUUGUGGUCGAUGUCGGGGGUGUUUAUGAUCCUAAUUGUCAUCGCUAUGAUCACCACCAAAGAGAUUUUACUCAUACCAUGAGUUCAAUACUACAAAACAAAUCAUUUAAUAUUAAACUCAGUUCUGCUGGACUGGUAUUCACACAUUUCGGACAUCAAAUUAUUGCAAGACUAUUGAAUUGGGAUAAAGAUGACAACAAAACUGAUGUAAUUUUCGAUAAAGUUUAUGAAAACUUUAUUCAAGAAAUAGAUGCCAUCGAUAAUGGCGUCAGCAUUUGUGAUGGAUGUCAACAAAAUUAUAGGAUCACAACAAACUUGAGCUCAAGAGUUGGUAAUUUGAUCCCCAGUUGGAAUGAAACAUCAGAUGACGACAUCUUAUAUCAGCGGUUUCUAAAAGGAAUAGAAUUAGUUGGCAAUGAAUUUAAAGAUAAAGUUGAUUACUAUGGAAGUGUUUGGUGGCCCGCAAGACAACUCAUACAACAAGCCAUCGAUUCAAGGAUGACAGUCCAUCCUUGCGGAGAGAUUAUUGAAUUGACACAAGUGUUUCCCUGGAAGGAACACUUAUUUCUCUUGGAGUCGAGUAAUCAAAUCAAACCUGAGGUUAAGUUUGUUAUAUUUCAAGACACCAGAGGAAAGUGGAGAGUACAAGCCGUUCCCAUCUCUUCUCAUUCAUUUGAAUUGCGAAUCCCAUUAUUAUCUGAUUGGAGAGGACUUCGAGACAGCGAACUGAGUAAAAUGGCAGCAAUUGAUGGCUGUGUCUUUGUUCACUCCAGUGGCUUCAUCGGUGGUAAUGACACUCGUGAAGGAGCCAUUCAAAUGGCAUUCAAAACACUUGAUAAUCGCCGACAAAGUUCAGCACCAAAUUCUUAGCUUAUUUCAUAAGAUAUCGUUUUAAUACAUAAAUGCAUUAAUAUUUUUUAAUUUCAUUGCAUUCACUGUCAAAAUCCUGUUUUGAAUAUUUUUUAAUGA